AUGCGGUACCGAGUGCAUGGUAAAACCCAAAUAAAGCUUUUAUUGUUACGGAGAAAUGAGACUGUUGAUAGUUUUUCUCUCAGAUCACGCUGCGCUCUUACUCUCGUACCACACGGGGUGCCCCUAAGCAGGGGGCUGUGGCCUCCAGCUCUCCGCCCGGGACCCGCGGCUGGCCCGGCCGCCAGGCGCACUCCGAGGGCGGCGGCCUCGCUGCCAGCACAGCGCCGCUCCGCAGCCGCCAUCUUGGCUCCCCCCGCCCCGGCUCUGCGCGCAGCCGAGGGGCGCGGAGGCCAUCUUGUGGCCGCUCCGCCCGCGCAGCCGGGCCCGCCGUCGCCUAGCAACCGCAGCCAGCCGCGGCGGGGGCGGCCAGCCGAGCCCUUCUCCCGGUGGGCUGCGGGGAGAGGGAGCCGGUUCCUCGGGUCUCUGCCCGGCCCCGGGCCUCUCGGGCAGCCGGUGCCCGCGGCAGGGCGCUCUGCCCCGGGCCGGCGGGUGUGGGCACUCCCAGGCUGGUUCCUCGGCACAGGCAGCCCCGGCGGCCCUGUGCUCUGCUCUCCACCUUCCCUCCCCGACGGAGGCCGCAGCCUGGUCAAGUCUGAAAGCAAACGAGGAAUCCCAAAGGUACAGGUGCAGAAAAGAUCGUCCCGACCACGAAGGCAGAAACGGAAGCUCCAGUUAAGCCCAGAGCAAUGUAGCAACUUCUAUGCAGACCAAUAUGGAAAAGGUUUUUUUCCUAAUUUAACAGCCUAUAUGAGUUCUGGACCUUUAGUUGCUAUGAUUCUGGCCAGACACUGUGCAGUCUCAUACUGGAAGGAAUUGCUUGGACCAUCAAACAGUGUAACAGCUAGGAGAACUCACCCUCACAGCUUAAGAGCAAUCUAUGGGACAGAUGAUUUGAGGAACGCGCUUCACGGCAGUCUCAGCAUUUCCUCAGCAGAAAGAGAAAUUCGAUUCAUGUUUCCAGAAGUGAUCUUGGAGCCAAUUCCAACUGGACAAAGAGCUAGGGAUUACCUGAACCUUUAUGUGAAGCCUACGUUGCUAGCUGGGCUCACUGCACUGUGUAAAGAGAAGCCGGCAGACCCAAUGAUUUGGCUUGCUGACUGGUUGAUUGAACACAAUCCUAAUAAACCUAGGCUGCAACAUCAGGUGGCUGAGGAAGAGCAUCAGGGUCACAGGAAGGUGUGUAUUAGUCAAGGGCUAAUGCCGUCUUCCAGCAUUUGUCUGAAAGAAAGCUGCUCAACUGGAACAGCUCACCUUAAGGGUGUUUUCUGUGUCCUCCUGCUCUUAAAAGGGGAAGGUAGAAAGAGAGAAGAUGCCUUCAUCCCUCGGGUGCCAUCCUGACUCACUGUAUCUGUACACUGAGGACAAGUAUUGAUCCAGCAAAUAUCACAGUUGAGAUCCUGAGGAACUUGCAUUUAUAAGUGAGGUGUGGGCAGAAGAUCAGUCCUGGGAAUGUAAAAUGGACAGCCAGCCUGGUCCCCUGGGGGAGCUGUGACACCACAGGAGAGGCCGUUGGAGGACUUGCUGCUCACGCCUCUUUUGGUCUUUAGGCUUUUAUUUGGCCAAGAGUGAUACAGGCUUGGCCAGUGUUAUAAAUCCAUAUCACGAAACGUGUAGUUUUGGAAAAAACAGAUGAACUGAAAGAUGUCUUAGUAUUUGGUGUCAGCAAGGUAAGCUGUUCUCUGUGGGAGCAAGUGACGUGUCUUUUCACUCUGUCGAGUCAAAAUAAUUACCUUGCCUAUUGAGUUUUAUUGGGUAUUUUUAACUUUGAGGGAGUUCAUUUUAGUUUUACUGCCCAAGUACUGGAAUAGAGCUAUGUCCAUAAAACCAGCAGUUCAGUCUGUUUCCCAUAAUUCCGUUUUUUUAACAGACUUUCUCCUGGAACUUUGCUUAUCAUAUGCUUGCUAUCACCUGCACUGGAAGUUAUUCUUGGAAUUAUACAGAUCGAAGUCUGAAGUAUAUGAUUGUUCAGCCUUCCUGUCUCAUAAGGAAUUUAUUAUCUUUAAGAGCAGUUAAAAUGCCAGGAACUUUGAACAUACUUUAAAGAUGGCAGAAACCUCAGUCACAGCCAGUUUCCCAAUGUCUACAUAAGUCAGAGCAUUCCAGCAUGCUGAGCUUCAGAAAUGAGUCACUACUGAGAGCUUAGGACUUAUAUUCAGCAACUUUUAAGAAAAAAACCCAAAACCUGUUACAUGGAAAUUUGCAGACCCUCAUCUUUGUCAUGUGGGAAGAGGGGAUUUGUCUUCAUUCAAGCUGUUAAUUAUGACUGCCCUUUAAACAACAGUUGUCUAAGCAAAACUGAUACGUUGUUGAUAAACUGAUGGACGUUUCUCUCAUGGUGAUAUAUGAAGCGAAGGAGAGACUCAAACUCUUACUUUUUUCAGUGCCAUGUUAGAAUGAUGAAAGAUAUCAUCCCAAGAUGAUGAAGGAAGGGUCAUCAUUAAUUUUAAUUUGUCAGAGCAAUCAAAUCAAGAUAAUCUGUGUUAUGCUGGACAGAAAAUAUUGGGGGGUUUUGACACUACCCAACAACAGUGUAUCAUCUGAAAAUAGUGUUGCUUUUGAAUUUCCUUUAAAAAUAAAAAUCUGAAGAGGAA